CGACAAUUUUAUCGGAAUGAUUGACAUCGAUGAUACGCCGUGCCCACGUACAUGAAUCGUCACGGGAUGCGUUGCCGAGGGAAACACGUUUCGGCAAAUUUCAUAAAUUGUUCGUUCGCAACAGGUGUAUCAGAUACUCGGUCCUUUAUUAAAAAAAUAUUUUAGGUGUUUAGCAUGUGCGUCGAUCCGCUGAAGAAAAUAUGCCACUGGGGUCCGUUCACUGCUCUCGCUAUAAUAAAAGUAAUUACUCUGAUGACAAUACAUUGUAGCAGGCAAUGGUGGCCACCUCAGGAGAGCUUUUCUGGAGCAGUAAAUUUUAUCAUCUUCUUCUGCCUCAGUGGGUCUACGCUCUUUCAUUUCAUUAGCGCGAUUUACGAAGGACCUGGAUAUCUUCCAUUGAAAUGGAUACCAGAAAAAGCUACCGACAGUCAAUACUUGCAAUAUUGCUCUGUUUGCGAAGGGUACAAGGCACCACGGUCCCAUCACUGUAGAAAGUGCCGUCGUUGCGUGAUGAAAAUGGACCACCAUUGUCCGUGGAUAAACAAUUGCGUGGGCCAUUACAAUCACUGUCAUUUCGUAGCAUUCCUAGCGAGCGCAGUCGCUGGAUGCUGCGUCUCUACCUUUACACUAGUAUCUUGGGUGAUGACUGUAUUAUCUUUAAGACCAGUCUCAUUUCCGCCACCUUCUGUAUUCAUUCUCAUAUUAGUGAUCUUCAGCAUCGGUUUGUCGAUCGGUGUUAUUCUUGCUGUCGGAACGUUACUCUACUUUCAAUUAUUGUCCAUCGUCAAAAACAGGACUGAAAUCGAAGCUUGGAUUUCGGAGAAGGCUGAGUACCGAAGAUCCGGAACCGAGGACAAAUUUAUAUAUCCGUAUUCGAAAGGAUGGCGAUUUAACGUUCAACAGGUUCUUACAUGGGAUUGUACACCAGUGGGUGACGGGAUUCACUGGCCUGUAAUCGAGGGCUGUGAUCAAUACACUUUAACGCGGGAACAACUGGCUCAGAAGAAAGACAAACGAAAGAGAGCCAAGACAUACAGAAUUAUAAAAGAAGCAUCUGGCGCGCGUUUACCGAUAACGCAUGGCUGUGGGGUGCUUCGGCACUCGCCGUGUACCGACGAACCUCGUAUCAAACUGAAGGUCGGAGAUAUCGUAACAAUAACGCGAUGGAGAAAAUACUGGCUGUUCGGAGAGAAGAAAGAAGACAACGAGAAUGGAAAACAAGUACGAGCUCGCGGCUGGUUCCCCAGGACCUGUGCGAUCGAAGUGAUCGAGAACGAAACGUAUUCUUCCCCUUCGACGAAGUCAGAUUGAAACAUUCCUCCAUUCGUGUAGAAUAUUUAUAGAGGACGGAAAUAUUUUUGUGCUAGCGUUAUGUAUACGAAUACUCGUGACGAAUGAUUGUAGGUUUCGAUGGUCUAAUAUGCAACAAAUCCUCUCUAUUCGUAUUUUAAUUCGUUUCCAUAGAACAAGAUUCUACCCUGUCUCUCUCCAUUUUUGUAUAAAACUAUUUAUGACAAACUAUGAAGCUUCUUUGUAUUUUUGUAUGUCGACUAGUCGCGAUCACUAAGUUUACGAAUUACGUGUAAAUAAUUUAAUAUAAUUGUAUCUGCUUGUGAAUUCAAGUGAUAGUUUAACUUGAACCGUAAUUUAAUCAUUGAGUGAUUAUACGAAAAAAAGACGAUGCAUUUCAUUGUACAUUUUUACAAACAUUUUUUGUAACUAAUGACUGACAAAUAAACGUUUCGCUGUGAACUGUA